AAAGCGGACCCACCGCCUUCGAUCGCCAUGACGACUUUUGAGAAAACGGGCUUGGAGAUGCAUGAGCUCUCGAUGGUGCCUUCAUUGCCUUGCUCUCAAGAAGGAACCUCUGGCGAACAUUCACUUCACUGUACGCGCUCGAAACCUUCCCUCAUGACGCCUGAGGCCGUCGACACGAGCGAUUUCACCCAUCAGAUGAGGCGCAACACCUACUUUGAAGAUGACGACGUUAGGGAUCCUAGGAGAAGUUUCUCGGGUCACGCCACCGACGGAGUCACUGUUCUCAAUGCGAGGACGACGAUCGACAGGAAGAGGAUUGUCAAAAUCAUGACCAAGAUCAAUUUCCAUAUUCUGCCCCCGGUGAUGCUUCUCUAUUUGUGUGCUUUCAUGGAUCGUACCGCUAUGGCCAACGUGAAGGUUGCGGGCAUGAACCAGGACAUCAAAAUCACACAUGCACACUACACCAUUGCUGUUGUGCCAUCCAAUCUUGUUCUUCGCUGGCUUGGAGCCAAGAUAUGGCUUCCUGUCAUCGGUGUCGGCUGGGGCACUGCAAUGCUCUUGACGGCGUUCGUCAACAACACAAAGCACAUCUUCAUCGGAAGAUCCCUUCUCGAAAUGAUGGUGACCAUAGUCCUGCCCCAAACAGCUGGAGUCUUCCCUGGCAUCGUCUACUACCUUGGCGGCUUCUUCCCUCGCACUUUCGUCUCCCACAGCAUCGGGCUAUUCUUCUCGGCUGGUGUCAUUGCUGGCAGCGUUGGUGGUUGCAUCUCACUGGCGGUACAAGUUGUCAAUCCUCUCAGAGAAAAGAUGGCCGAUUGGAGGAUGAUUCUCGUCAUCGAAGGCAUAUGCUCCAUCAUCGUGUCCGUCGGCUCUUACUUCUUCAUAAGGAAGGACAUCGACGACUGCGGCUUCCUCUCUGCUGAAGACAAGGCUUAUAUGAAGGAAUGCGUCUUGUACGACCAAGAACACUAUCGCUUCAAGACAACGCUCGGCUACCACUGGAAAUUUGUCAAAAACGCCUUCACUGACGGCUUCGUCUGGUUACUUGUCCUACUCCUCUUCUGUGCCAGCGUGCCAAUGAUGAGCGUCGCCCUGACAUUGCCCAUCAUCAUCGAGGAUGGCUUGGGUUACAACAAAUAUAAAGCACAGGGCUAUACGGCCAUCGUCUAUUUCAUCGCUGCCAUCUACGUCGUCGCGACAGCAAUCUACAGCGACCGUUGGAAUUGCCGCAUCUUGGUCUACGUCAUCUCGAUGUUCAUCGGCGUCAUGGCAUGGUUGAUUGGGACCUUGAAUCCAACUUCAAUCAUUCGCUACCUAUCCACAAUCUUCAUGGCAAUGGGUUCAUUCGGCGGGGCCUGUAGUGUCUUUGCCCUAGUGAGCGGCAAUACGAGCGGCGAUACAAAGCGCAACGUUGCGAUGGCGCUGGUCAUUGGAUGCGGCGUGGGACCAGGCGGCAUUCUGGGCUCGGUCAUCUUUCUGGAAGGAUCCGCGCCCCUGUAUCGAGAAGCGUUCCUCAUCAAUGCCGGCUUCUCGCUCGCAGGCGUCUUUUUGGGUGUCCUGUACGGCGGCGCCAUCCACCGUGCGGGCAAUCGAAAGGCUAGGCUCCUCUUCACUGGACGUGUGCCGCGAUCGGCCAAGGAAGACUACGACAUGCUCGGGGACAAGUCGCCCUUCUUCUUCUACAUCACCUGA